AUGCCGCUUUUGGUUGCUCCGAGAAGUUCGCAUGGAGUGGCCCUCGUAGACCACCAUCAUCUUCAACGCCAGCAGCAGCAGCAGCAGCAGCACCAAGACACCCUUCUUCACCAGCGACGCGUUCCGGAACCGUCCGUGGAAAGUGCGGCCAGCUCGACGAUGUCCAAAUUUAAAGCGUCCUCGCGGCAUUCGCUGUACCGUCAGUUUUACGGUGGCGAUGAGUCGCCGCCUUACGACAAACCGGAAGAUUCAGAACCUGCGGAACCGGAAGCGCGCGAAAAACCGUACGGUAAAGUUUGGCUCAGCAGUGAAGCUCAGUGGCAUCACCCAAUCGCGAUGACUGCCGGUCAACCACCCUCCCCAGCCGUGACCGGGUCCUCCAUGCCCGCCGCACCACCACCCCCGCUCAACAUGGUCUCCCUAGGAUCCCUGCCGCUCUCUUCGUCCUCCUCCUCCUCCACAAGCUCAAUGCUCCCACAACACCAACACCUCCAUCUCAACCCGACCAGCCUGAUGAGCCUUCGGGAAAUGAUGCUCCAGAGCCCGGCUGGACUGGGUCUGCUCAAUGCCGACGCGUCCGGGCUGGGACUCCUCAAGCGCAGCAUGCUGGACUCCCUCCCGGCCGGCUCCUCCGUCCCUCCCUUUCCAUUGGGGAUCGGUCCGCUCUCCGGCAACGCGAACGCCGCGACCACGUACAGCUUACCAUCCAUGAUUCCGACGUCCCUUGCCUCACUAUCACAGCAACAUCAGCAGCAUCAGCAACAACACCAACAACAACAACAGAAGCAGCAACAGAUAAAAAAGGAGCGCGACGAAUCGGAAGACGCCGAGAUGGACGAUCGGGAGGAGCAAUUGGUGGCCAAACAUCGCCGCCCAGCAUCGUCCGCCUCCUCCCAGCUCGCCCACCGCCCCCAGCUGUCCGUGUCGCCCUUCCGCUCCUCAGCCGAUCCCCCCUCCAACUCCACAGCCACCUCGGCGGCAGCUUACUACCGUUCCAACGCCCACCAUCAGCACCCGUCAGAGUCGUCAGCCGUCGGCGGCGGUCAUCAGGCACAUCUAUAUCACGCCGGCGGCGGCGUCGGCGUCGGCGGCUCAACGACAUCCUCCACAACGGUAGCCGCGGCCCUGUCACAUCAAAGGCAACUUCAAAGGGAUUCCGCUGAGCGCGAGCUGAAUCUAAAUUCGAGUGCGUCCGCCUUGGCGCGGGCAAAGGGCGAGCACUUCCAUCACCACCUCCAUCACCACCAUCUACACCACCCACAUCUCCCGGCGCAGUUUGCGAACCGCCGCACCCCACCCAACACCGACCCGUUCUUCCGCGACCGCGAACCCCACGACGACGAAGACGAUGCACCGUCGAGGAGAGCCGGAGUUCGUGCGCCAAACUCCGACUCCGACGACGCGGAAUCGGACAUGGAGGGCGGAAGGCAACGGGGGCCAACAGGGGAUGGGCCGGAACGAGAAGAACGAGAUCGCGAACAGCGCGAUCAUCGCUUCGGUGCAAUGGCGUCGAGGUCCGAACGUGACCCAACGGACGAAGGCCAAUCGAGGCGAAAGGAUCCUUCGACAACAACGACGACGACGACGACGUCCGCGACGACGCACCGCAGCAAGUCAUCUUCACCCGAUUUGAGCAUAAAAACACCAAAAUCACCAUCGCCGCCCCGUUCGCAUGACGAUAUCGACAGCGAUCGGGACGAUGGAAGCGAUCGCGAAAACCUGAGCAGUCCGAUUCCACACGAGCGUCCAGAACGAACCACUCCACUUAAUCUGAUUACGGACUCUUCGCGACGGACGCCGUCGCCACCACAAACCAGUGCCGUUCCGGGCGGAGGCCUAGGAGUAGCAUUGGCCGCCCUCCAGAACCACCUGCCGCUCAGCUCACUCUUCCUGCAGAACCAGCUCGGGCUCGGCGGACUAACGGGUCUCUCCGGGCAGGAUCUCGGCAUGCUGCAGCAGGCCCUGCAGGCCCAGCAAGCCUCCCUGCAGCAACAGCUCCAGCAGUACAUGCUCCUUCAGGUGCAGGGAAGUGCGGCCGCCAGUGCCAAUGGAAAUGCGGCCGCCGCAGCCACCGCUCAAGCCCAGGCGGCAGCUCAGUUCCUCAUGCAGAAUCAGGUUCAACAGGCUGUGGCACAGCUGCAAGCUCUUCAGAAGCAACAGCAAAUGAAGACCGCCACCAGUUCCACGCCGACGCCCGGUGCGACGGCCACCAGUUCACCCCUGCACAGUCCCUCCGGGAGUCCCGGUCUGCACCAUCAUUCCACCCAAACCGGCUCGAUGAUCGGCUCCAGCCAGACCACGCCACCGAACGUGAGCCAGAUGAACGUCGGUGGAAUCCUAACGCCGUCCACACCCGGUUCCGGCCCCCACACGCCCCAGCUGCAGAAGCUCGUGACGGCGCCCCGUGCCCUCGAACCGUCGCCCGAAGAAACGACCGAUCUGGAGGAGCUCGAACAGUUCGCCAAGACGUUCAAACAGCGACGGAUAAAGCUCGGUUUCACGCAGGGCGACGUUGGGCUGGCGAUGGGCAAGCUGUACGGCAACGACUUCUCGCAGACCACCAUCUCACGCUUCGAGGCGCUGAACCUGAGCUUCAAGAACAUGUGCAAGCUAAAACCGUUGCUGCAGAAGUGGCUCGAGGACGCCGACAGUAGCAUCUCCAACCCGGGCGGGCGCAUCUUUAGUCCGGCCGCCCUGUCCAACACGAUGGCCACGCCGGAGACGAUGGGUCGGCGGCGCAAGAAGCGUACGUCCAUCGAAACCUCGGUCCGGGUGGCGCUCGAAAAGGCAUUCCUUGUCAACUGCAAGCCGACCAGCGAGGAAAUCUCCACCCUGGCCGACAACCUGUGCAUGGAGAAGGAGGUGGUACGUGUGUGGUUCUGCAACCGGCGGCAAAAGGAAAAGCGCAUCAAUCCACCGAACGGCAUGGAGAGCCCUACGCACUCUUCGGCCAGCGGGGAACUGUUCCCCGUGUCCAACCUCGUGCCCGGUCUGCCCUCGCCGUCGUCCGGGUCCGGCGGAGGACACUACACCUCCCAUCAUGCUAGCUCCGGCAUCAAGCAGGAAUGA